AUGUUUUCAAGAAUAUUAUCCUCAAACACAUUAAGGUUUUCACCUAGAUUAUCAACAAACUUAAUACAUUCAAGGUAUUUAUCGAAUGAAAUCAAAUCAGCAAUUGAACUUGCAAUCAAAUCAACACCAGUAGUUUUAUUCAUGAAAGGAACUCCCGAAUUUCCACAAUGUGGUUUUUCAAGAGCUACUAUCCAAAUUUUAGGUCAACAAGGAGUUGAUCCAAGUAAAUUUGCUGCUUAUAAUGUUCUUGAAGAUCAAGAAUUAAGAGAUGGAAUAAAAGAAUAUUCUCAAUGGCCCACUAUUCCUCAAUUAUACAUAAAUGGUGAAUUUGUUGGUGGUUGUGAUAUUAUUACUGGUAUGGUUAAAGAUGGAGAAUUAGGGGACUUUUUAGAGAAAAGUGAUGUUUUGAUACCUGAAGAAACUAGUGAUGAACAACCAAACAGUGCUAAUGUUAAACCUAGUCAAAGAUAG